UCGAAGUGGUCACAAUGUCACUGUUGGUGGUCACUUUAACCGUGGUUAUUGGAUUUCUUGUGAAUGUGGAAUCCACUGACCCACCAUGGCCAGAAUUGGAAUCCACUGGUGGUGCUCAUGUGGGCAGCGGCAGAAUGAAGAGAUUCGUACAAAUAGACCCCAAUAAGCCUAACGUCAUGUACCAAGAAUGCACACUACCGAACGGGAAGCAAGGCCACUGCAAGCACAUCCAAUACUGUGUCAAAGAUGAAAUCAAGGACAACUUGGUGCACUUCACAGAAAACUUGUGCAUCAUUGAACAAUCGUCAAUCGGAAUAUGUUGUCCCGAUGAGACAGGUCCCGUGGGCUUGGCGGGAGACCUGCCAGCCACCGCGCCCAAGGAAGAGAGGCGUGAACUAUUACAGAAGUUACUGGUACGAGCUGAAAAUAGAGGAUGUGGUCUUAGUACUCGUCCCCACGGUCGGGUGACAGGCGCGAGGCCUGCUAAUCCGCGCGAAUGGCCCUGGAUGGCCUCAAUAACCCCUGAGGGAUUCCGGCAGUACUGCGGAGGCGUGCUCAUCACGGAUCGACAUGUGCUAACAGCCGCUCACUGCACUAGACGAUGGAAAGCGCAAGACCUGCGCGUGCGCCUCGGUGAAUACGACUUCGACCGCAACAACGACUCGCGCUCAUACAACUUUAUGGUGGUGGAGAUCCGACAGCACAUCAACUUCGAGCUGCCGAACUAUCACAAUGACAUCGCGAUCCUAAAGCUGCACAGACCGGCCGUGUUCAACUCCUACGUGUGGCCGAUAUGUCUACCCCCGGUGGGCAUGCAGCUGACUAACCAAACAGGAGUUAUUAUUGGUUGGGGCACAAAAUGGUAUGGUGGACCCCACAGCGACGUGCUAAUGGAAGUAUCCGUCCCUAUUUGGGAUCAUCAACAAUGUACCGAUGCGCUGGUGAACACCGUGUUUGAAGAGAACCUUUGUGCUGGAGGCUACGAGGGGGGAAAAGAUGCAUGUCAGGGUGACAGUGGCGGCCCUCUAAUGUACCAACUGCCAAGCGGUCGCUGGACCAUCGUGGGAGUAGUAUCAUGGGGCAUUCGCUGUGGGGAACCCAACCAUCCCGGGAUUUAUACAAGGGUUGAUAAAUACUUAUCUUGGAUAGUCCAAAAUGUAUUGUUUUAG